AUGUCUGAUGACACUCUUGAAACGCGGGAGGUAACACCCGACGAGAACGUGGGGGAUGGCACGACUGUCCCAUCUAGCAGACUGGCAGAAUGCAACAGAACGCCAGAGCCAGGUUCCCACACUUCGGCGGAGGAUACGUGCUCCUCCCAGGCAGCUGAAGGGCUAGCACGGUGGCUUGUCGCUCAGAUUCAGUUGCCUGGGUUCGUGGCAGACGAGGAUUGGACACCCAAGCACACGUCGGAAUUCGCAAGGUUUUGCACUGACGAAAACCGCACGCAGUGGUUUCUGUGGAUGAGCAAACCUCCCUUCGGCGGGACAACACAUAUCAGGGAAGAAGCUGAGUCUGUGAUGGAAAAGGGGGGAUCUGCAAGGCUAUCGUUUAGCGAUGAUCUUCCUGCACACUGCAUCGGUCCAAUGCUACAGCAGACAAGUCUCGAGGAGCGUAUCGGGCGUGGACUGGUUUUUAUCGUAAAGAGAAACUCCUUGGUGACACUCCGAAAUGCGGAGGAGCAGCUGCUGUGCCUUUCAUUCCACGGCGACGUUCUUACGCGCCUUGCUGCUAUCAUCCGUGGUGUCCAUAUUCCUGUUCUCGGAGACAACAACGCGUGGCCACAAAGCUUUAAAAGAGAACUUUUAAGAAGGCUGACCAACUAUGUUGGCCGAAUGACCGACAUAGUGCACCGUGCUCAGGGAUGCGCUAAGCUUGCCCUUCCACUGGAGGACCUUGGAGAUACUGCGGGAUGCUUACGCGAUCGUGAUCGUGUACAACGGCUUGAGGCCCUCGUAGUGUGUUGGACACGGCAGGUUAAAGAAAUCCUGGCACUCCAGGACGGUCCGGAGGGGGCAGUAGACUCAGGGCACCUGGGGGAAAUUCAGCGGUGGACAGAGCAUGCCCAGAAUCUGGCUUCGCUUCUUGACCAGUUUCGGGAAGAAUCGUUGAACUCUGUUCUCAAGAUAUUGAAUGCUGCGAAGUCACCUUACGUCAAACCAUUCCAAGUUGCACAGCGUGAGGUUGCUGCGGCGGCGCAUUUAGCCGAUGAAAACUUGAAAUUCUUGGAAGUGCUUCGCGAGCCUUGCCAGGCUCUGCGAGAAGCGGAAUCAACGCAAAUUCCUCAAGUGGCAACUAGGCUUUUAAUGGCUGUAAGAAUAGUUGCAACACACAGCAAGUACUACACCACCCCCGAAAGGAUCGGUGGCCUGCUGAGGAACAUCGCGGGCGAGAUGAUCCGGAGAGGUCAGGCUUCGAUAAAUGUUGAUUCUAUAUGGUCAGGAAACGUAGCGGAACCGAUGGAAAGUCUGAGGAACGCGGUCCAAUGCGGCCUAGCUCUCAAUAAGAUUUUCAGCCAACUUUCUACGCUAAUUAAAGCCGAGGGGAAAGCCCUGUGCUGUUGGGACUUUGCAGACGGAUCGGCGUUUGCAGAGAGCGAUGCUUUUGUGCAGAGAUGUAGCGAUCUGUUAGAUGUCUGCCAAGCGCAGCUCCAGUUUAACCCCACAAUUCAGUUACGGCAGCAGGGAGCAAGCGAGUAUUCACAAGAGGAACUCCAGGCGAAGCCUCCGCAGCAAGCCAACGUUCAUAUAAACCACUUGCCCUUUUUUGGUGCAUUUCAAACAGAGUCAAUUCGCAGCAGCAUACGCGAUAUGCAAGAAACAUUUGGAAAGUCUCUUGCGAGACUGCGGGCAAUGGGACGCAACGUUCUGCAUGUUAAAGCUACGAACUGGCAUACGGAAUAUGCUCUUUUUAAGGAACAGGUUCGUGACCAGGAAUGUAUGUACACGAACGUUAUUGCAACUGCCUUCAAACGCGUUGCUACAGUUGAAGAAGCAUGCGAGAUUUAUGAUGGUUUCAAAGUUCUUGCGAAACGACCCAAGAUUCAAAGGUUUCUGGAGAAGAAAGCCGGGGAUGUGUGGAAGCUUUUCAUACAGAAAUUUGUGGAGAAGUCCUUUCAGGAGUGGCUGCAGGAGAUUGAAACCCUGAAUCCCUCUGGGCAAUCUAGUCAACCUUCUGAUCUUCCACAGUUCGGCUGUGACAUCUACAUUCUCACCAAAGGGCGAGGCGGUGGACUAGAGCUAAACUUUGACAAGGGGCUUCAACGGGUUUUGCAAGAAGCCCGUUUCUGGCAGUGCCUACAAGACCAGACUAUCCGGCUUCCAUUUUCUAUCCUCGAACUAAUGAGGCACCAGGACCGGCUAUUCCUUUUACAGCAGCAUGUAUCAAAAAUUGUGAAGGCGUACAAUGCCAUAUUUGAGGGUCUAGCGGCAAGUGACACACUCAGAAGAAUCAACACCGAUAGCCAAUAA